CGUAACAAAAGGGGCGGCCGAAGGUGGCGCCCGCUUCUCCCGCCGCUCCUCCACCAUGUCGGCCAGCGGCGGUAGCUCCCCCGGCAAUGCCGUGAGGAAGCGGAGCCUCGCCGGCUCGGCCGCCUCGCUGGCGCAGGAGGAGGAGAAGCAAGCCAUGGAGAAGAUGCUGGAGGGAGCGCAGGAGAACGGCUGUGCCCGCUCGCCAUCGCCUUGCGGCUCGGCGGAGGGGGUGACCCUGAAGAGAAACAUCACCCUGCUCAACGGCGUGGCCAUCAUCGUGGGCACCAUCAUCGGCUCCGGCAUCUUCGUCACCCCCACGGGCGUGCUGCGGGAGGCCGGCUCGCCGGGGCUGUCGCUCGUGGUCUGGGCCGUGUGCGGAGCGUUCUCCAUCGUGGGAGCGCUGUGUUACGCCGAGCUCGGCACCACCAUCACCAAAUCCGGCGGGGACUACGCCUACAUGCUGGAGGUGUACGGCUCCCUGCCCGCCUUCCUCAAGCUCUGGAUAGAGCUGCUCAUCAUCCGGCCCUCCUCGCAGUACAUCGUGGCUCUGGUGUUCGCCACCUACCUGCUGAAGCCCAUCUUCCCCACUUGCCCCGUGCCCGAAGAGGCUGCCAAGCUGGUGGCCUGUCUGUGUGUCCUGCUGCUCACAGCUGUGAACUGCUACAGCGUCAAAGCUGCCACGCGUGUGCAGGACGCCUUUGCUGCGGCCAAGCUGCUGGCCCUGGCUCUCAUCAUCAUCCUGGGCUUCGUGCAGCUGGCAAAAGGUGAUGUGAGAAACCUGACCCCUGAGAAUUCCUUCGAGGGCACCAAGGUGGACGUGGGGAACAUCGUGCUGGCUCUGUACAGCGGCCUCUUUGCCUACGGAGGAUGGAAUUACUUGAAUUUCGUGACAGAAGAGAUGAUAAAUCCCUACAGAAACCUGCCCCUGGCUAUCAUCAUCUCCCUGCCUGUCGUCACUCUGGUGUAUGUGCUGACCAACUUGGCGUACUUCACCACGCUGAGCACCGAGCAGAUGCUGACGUCCGAGGCCGUGGCCGUGGAUUUUGGGAACUACCACCUCGGUGUCAUGUCCUGGAUCAUCCCUGUCUUUGUUGGGCUCUCGUGCUUCGGGUCUGUCAAUGGAUCUCUUUUCACUUCUUCCCGGCUGUUCUUCGUGGGAUCCCGAGAGGGGCACCUGCCUUCCAUCCUGUCCAUGAUCCACCCCCGGCUGCUCACCCCGGUCCCGUCCCUCGUGUUCACGUGCGUCAUGACCCUGCUCUAUGCCUUCUCCAACGACAUCUUCUCAGUCAUCAACUUCUUCAGCUUCUUCAACUGGCUGUGCGUGGCGCUGGCCAUCAUCGGGAUGAUGUGGCUGCGCUACAAGAAACCGGAGCUGGAGAGGCCCAUCAAGGUGAACAUUUGCCUGCCCAUCUUCUUCAUCCUGGCCUGCCUGUUCCUCAUCGCUGUUUCCUUCUGGAUGACGCCCGUGGAAUGCGGCAUCGGCUUUGCCAUCAUCCUCAGUGGGAUCCCCAUUUACUUCUUCGGGGUCUGGUGGCAGAACAAGCCCAAGUGGGUUCUCCAAGGCAUCUUCUCUGCCACCGUCCUGUGCCAGAAGCUGAUGGAAGUGGUUCCUCAGGAAUCCUAGGCGGGAAAAGCAGGGACACUGAGCUCGAGGAAACGCACAAGGUUGUUUUGAGAUGACACAAGGAUCCGACCCCUCACUCCCGAAUUCCAGGCGCCGGAGCUGCCUCCCGCUGCCGCCACGGCCCCACGGCUCCGCUCAGCUCCCUCAGCCCCUCCAGCCCCACCCAGCCCCACUGACAGCCACGAGAAGGCCUUGGUACGAGCCAGGAGGAGGAAUUCCAAAGGGCACUUCCAGAGGGGCGCUGUGCUGCCUGUGCCCUGCGUGCGUGUGUGUGAGGGCUGUGCUUCGGCUCUGGGAUCUGCUGGAGCCUGGUCUGAGUGUUCAGAGUGCCUGGGGGGGUCCCGAGCUGCCUUACCUGGCCCAGGUGGGGGUGGGAAGCAGAGGUUGGCUGAUGUUGGCUCAGUGGCCCAGAGUCACACCCCCAGUGGCGGUGGGACAGGGCAGAGCGGGAUCAGUGACCUGGGGGGGCCUCGCCUGGGUGUCACCGUGUCACUCGGGGCCCUGCCACCCUUGGGAUGUGCGUCGCCUCUCAGAUCCAGGCCAGCUCCCUGCUGCUGAGCCAGCCCUCCAGGAUGCUCUUCCCCACGUCCCUGGGAAGGAGCACUGAGGAAUGAGCACUCAGUUCCUGCUGAGGAGCCCAGGAGCUGCCCUCAGCAGGAGGCCGAGUCCUUGGCUUGCUCAUUCCGUGCUUUUCUGUGCCAGGCUUCACCCAGCAUGGAGUGAGCAGCUCCCUGCUCGCUCUCUCCUCAUGGCCCUGCUCUGGGAGCUGUGUCUGCCCCAUAACCAUCAGCAGAGAGAAAUCCAGGCUGGGAUUGCCCUGGCACAUUCCUGGGGUCUCUCGGUGCGCUGCCUGGCGCUGCUCCCUCUGUCCUGCUGUUUCCUCUGGAAUGUGCCGUGGAGUUGGGACCACCUGGGUCUGGGCUCUGGAGAAGGGCAGAUGUCCUGGCUGGCUGGAGCCACCCCGGGCUGCUGGAGAUCCUGGAAUGGUUGGGUGGGAAGGGACGUUAAAGCUCAUCCAGUGCCACCCCUGCUGUGGCAGGGACACCUUCCACUGUCCCAGGCUGCUCCAAGCCCUGUCCAGCCCGGCCUUGGGCACUUCCAGGGAUCCAGGGGCAGCCCCAGCCCCUCUGUGGUGCACCUCUGAGUGAUGAGAGUGGGUUCUGCUCUGAGGAGCAGGGCCUGGGCCUGACCCUCCUCCGUGCACCAGGUCUGGCCUGACGAGAUGCCAGCGCCGCCCUCCCGCUCCAGGAGCACAAUCCACGCUCUGCAUGUCAAACCCUGGUGUGCUGCCCUGGGUGGUGCCACCCCAUCCCUGAGCACACCCCGAAUUCCUGCACUGUCCCUUAGGGACACGCUGCUUUCUUUGGUCCAGAGUGUCACCUUUUGGAAAGCUGCAGUUCCUGACCCAUUUGCUCCUUGUGCCUCUGCGCUCCGGCAUCUCUUGGAAUUCUGAUCUUCUCCCCACUGGAGCUGCUUUGCUGUCUGUGUUGCAGAUCUUUGUGCUCGUGCUUUGUGCAGGUGGCUUGGUGAGCUAUUUCCCAUUUUUAUUUUUGUAAACUUGGCCGUUGGGGAGCCGGGAUGCUCCGGGAGCUGUCGCUUCCCGCGGGAUUCUCCCUGUAGCAGAGUUCUUUGGGAUGAAGGGGCAUUAAGGACACCAUGGUACUCACUCAGGCUUUGUCCUGGGAAGUUGUGCAGCACUCCACGUUGUCUCAGGGCAGCUCCUGCCCAGGUGCAGCUCCACACUCCCACUCUGGCAGCCCCGUAUCCUGCUCCGAGGCAGGAAUGGGGGAGACAAUCAGCUCUUUAUUCCAUGGCAGCUGGCAUGGAGAUUCCCAAAUCAGCUCAGUGACAGUGUGGAGAUUCCCAAAUCAGCUCAGUGACAGUGUGGAGAUUCCCAAAUCAGCUCAGUGACAGCGUGGAGAUUCCUAAAUCAGCUCAGUGACAGUGUGGAGAUUCCCAAAUCAGCUCAGUGACAGUGUGGAGAUUCCCAAAUCAGCUCAGUGACAGUGUGGAGAUUCCCAAUCCAGCUCAGUGACAGUGUGGAGAUUCCUAAAUCACCUCAGUGACAGUGUGGAGAUUCCUAAAUCAGCUCAGUGGCAGUGUGGAGAUUCCCAAUCCAGCUCAGUGACAGUGUGGAGAUUCCCAAUCCAGCUCAGUGACACUGUGGAGAUUCCCAAAUCAGCUCAGUGACACUGUGGACAUUCCCAGUUCAGCUCUCUGGGAGCUGAGUUAAUCCAUGAGGAUUUGCAGCUGGUUUGGGAAUAGCCAGAGGGCAGAGCCCAAGGUUUUUGCCCAGUGCAAUGAGUUGGAGCAUCUCAGAUCGGAUGUCUCUGGAGAGGCUUUGGCAUAAAUCGGGUCAUGGAUCACAAAAACUGAACUCGAGUUCUGGCUUCUUGCAGCUGGAGGCUGAGAUGGUUUUGAGCAGUGAUGGGAAAUCCAGCUCCUGCUGAGGGCACCUCAGUCUGUCACCUGCCACUCAGGCUGCAGGGUUUUCUGGCUGUGAGGUCUCAGGGCAGCUCCUGCAGGGCCUGGGUUCAGCUCUCAGUGCCAAAACCCACCAGCAGAAUUCCUUGGGAUGCAAAGCGCAGGUGUUGGAAUCUCGGGCACCCAACCCAAAGUCACUGGGAGCUCAGGACUGGGCCAGACCUCCCGGAGGUUGGCUUGGACACGUUGUCCAUCGGGUGGUGACCGUCACAGUGUCCUGCUGGUGACCCUUUCACACGGGUUUGAAAGAGGAGCCGUCACAUCAAAACCAUUUUUUUAAGCAAUUCACGGAUUUUAAUUAAAUCCUUAACUCGCUUGCUUUGCUUUUCGUGGAUUUCUGUGAUUUUUUUCACUUGCUGCUGAAAUCUGUCUCUUGUACUGACCUGAGCCUCUGGCACUGAUCCCACGUUCGUGGGGAUUUCAUCAGCAUCUCCUUGGCAGUAGAGGUUCAGGAAGAAACCGAACCAGGUCCCAGCGCAGAGCCACAGAGAGGCUGAAUUUGGGCAGCCACAGCUCCCAGCUCAAAGUUCAUCUGCCAAAAAGCCGAUUUCCUUCACCCUGGAGUCGCUGACCCACCAGAGCUUGGUGAUGUGGCUGGAAGAGCUUGGCUUGGUUUUUCCUGGAGGUUUGGGAGAUGACGAGGGAAGAGGGAAAAGCGAAUUUCAUUUUAGAAAGGAAAGGCAGAAAGCGGAUUCUGCAGUCGUGGGAAUGGCUGCCGCAGCCUCUGCUGUCCAGCCUGGCAGCUUUUCCCUUGGAUCAGCAACAUCUGCCCUCGGCUUGCGCUGUUCCCAUGGAUUUGGGUGUGGAAAAGGGAGCAUUCAGCCCUGGGAAAGAGCUCCUCGCUGCUUGUUCUCCUCAAGCACGGACUGGGAUGUGUCAGGGAGGGCAGGGGCAGCGACAGAGAGUUCCCAGAGUUUCCCACCGUUCCCAGGAUUUUUCCUGUUUCUCCCUUGUGCUCUUUGGAGCCUGUGGUCAGUCACGGAGGGAGAUGAGCCCUCCCCACGAGGACCCUGCAACCACAACGAGGUUCCACGGGAAUCUCUUCCGUGGACAGCUCCCUGCAAGUACAGCUGGAGCUGUUUUGUCCGUGGAAUUCGGGUUGGAAAAGACCUUGAAGGUCCCGGGGCGCGACAGCGGCGCCGUGGCUGUGCCACAGCCACCCCUGGGCUGACCCCAGCUUCCAAUUCUUGCUCCUCCCCAGUUGUUUUUGAGUUCAGGCUCCCAGGCUGGCAGUUGUUUGGGGUGUUCACGGAAUUGCAUCCCGCAGGGAUUGCUAAACAGAGCAGGAGCUGCUGGCCAGGCACUUCCCUACCCCUUGGGUUCCUCUUCCUAAAUGAACCCUUCCUCCAGCUGGGAGGGGAACCAGCCCUGCAAAAACCUGGGGGAUUUAUGUCAUCCUGGUGGAUUUUUAAGUUUUUGUUGUUUUUUUUUUUUUUUUUUUAAUUUGAACUUCCUGCAGAAUUUGCAGUGUUCUCCAUCUCAGACACCGUGUUCUGGUAAACAGGCUUUUGUUUGGAACGGCCCCCUCGGUGGCCAUGGAGUUCAAAGGGACUCUGGCACAGUGGAACAAACUUUAAAGGCCCUUGAGCCGGAUUGAAAGUCCUGGGAAGUGGCUUUGUUGUUGUCCAAGUCCUCUCCCAGUGGGCGGCUCAGGCGAGGGGAGAACUCGGGCUCCUCCAGGGGCUGCUCCGUGCUGGGUCUGGGCGGGGGCAGUGAGGCUGUUCCUGGAGCUGUGACUUCCCAACCCUGGAGAGAGAUUCCUGGUGGCAGAGCCCUGCUCUGGCUGCAGGGAGUUCCAGGGAAUGUUUCCACUCAGCCUGGGAAGGUUCCUGUGCCUUCGGCCGAGGCCUUUCAUAGAAAAUAAAAUUACAAAACAAAUCCAGGAGGAAACUGCCAAACGUUGUCCUUGCACAACGCCCCGGCUGCUUGGGGCCGUUCCCGUGGGAUGCCAGCGUUUGUUCCACCCACUGUGCAGCCUCAUGACAUGAGACUGGGAAAGGGCUGGAACAAAGCAGCUCCUGGAGGUUGGGAAAGGGCAGCCCCAGGGCCAGGCGGCUCCAGGCUGGUGCCGAGCUCUGGCUGUGACCCCAAGGAUUGAAUCCCAGCCUUGUGCCAGCCCUGGGAGCAUCCCGACCUCUGGGAUGAGCCAGAGCCAGCCAUGCCUGGCUGCCAAGCAGGGACGUUCCUGCAGGGAUGGGAAUCUGCUCCUUUAUCCCUGCAGGGAUGGGAAUCUGCUCUUUAUCCCUGCAGGGAUGGGAAUCUGCUCCCUCAUCCCUGCAGAGAUGGGAAUCUGCUCCUUUAUCCCUGCAGGGAUGGGAAUCUGCUCCUUUAUCCCUGCAGGGAUGGGAAUCUGCUCUUUAUCCCUGCAGGGAUGGGAAUCUGCUCUUUAUCCCUGCAGGGAUGGGAAUCUGCUCCUUUAGCCCUGCAGGGAUGGGAAUCUGCUCCUUUAUCCCUGCAGGGAUGGGAAUCUGCUCCUUUAUCCCUGCAGGCUGGGAAUCUGCUCCUUUAGCCCUGCAGGGAUGGGAAUCUGCUCCUUUAUCCCUGCAGGGAUGGGAAUCUGCUCCUUUAUCCCUGCAGGGAUGGGAAUCUGCUCCUUUAUCCCUGCAGGGAUGGGAAUCUGCUCCUUUAUCCCUGCAGGGAUGGGAAUCUGCUCCCUCAUCCCUGCAGAGAUGGGAAUCUGCCCCUUUAUCCCUGCAGGGAUGGGAAUCUGCUCCUUUAUCCCUGCAGGGAUGGGAAUCUGCUCCUCAUCCCUGCAGGGAUGGGAAUCUGCUCCUUCAUCCCUGCAGGGAUGGGAAUCUGCUCCUCAUCCCUGCAGGGAUGGGAAUCUGCUCCUUUAUCCCUGCAGGGAUGGGAAUCUGCUCCCUCAUCCCUGCAGGGAUGGGAAUCUGCUCCGUUAUCCCUGCAGGGAUGGGAAUCUGCUCCUCAUCCCUCUAGGGAUGGGAAUCUGCUCCUUUAUCCCUGCAGGGAUGGGAAUCUGCUCCUUUAGCCCUGCAGGGAUGGGAAUCUGCUCCUUUAUCCCUGCAGGGAUGGGAGUCUGCUCCCUCAUCCCUGCAGGGAUGGGAAUCUGCUCUUUAUCCCUGCAGGGAUGGGAAUCUGCUCCGUUAUCCCUGCAGGGAUGGGAAUCUGCUCCGUUAUCCCUGCAGGAAUGGGAAUCUGCUCCUUUAUCCCUGCAGGGAUGGGAAUCUGCUCCUUUAUCCCUGCAGGGAUGGGAAUCUGCUCCUUUAUCCCUGCAGGGAUGGGAAUCUGCUCCUCAUCCCUGCCAGGACAUCCAUGAGACCUCGGUGCUGAUGGAAGCUCCAGGAGCUCCUCAUUCCUCGAGGAGUCACUCCCAGGGUUGUGCCGGGUUUGCCUGGGCUCGAGUUCUUCCCAGCUGGAAUUGGAGCUGGAGCUGGGUUGGGAAUGUGGGCGGGAUGCUGUUGGCGCAGCCGAGAGCUCCCAGUUUGACGUUGCCGUGGUAGGAAUCGUGGCUCGGGGUCGCUGAUCCCGAAGGAUCCCAGAUCCAAAGGAUUAUUCCAUGCUUUCCCCCGCCCUGUUCCUUGCCUGAGAAGGGGUGCUGCUUCCUCCAGCUGUGGAAGUGGUAGUGAAUAAAAAUAAAAAAAAAUAUUUUUUUAAACACUGAGUUAAUUUCUAAACUGCCUAAAAGAGACUUUAUAGCUGCACCUGAGUUCUUCCCGAGGGCUGGCGCUCAGCCUGGCGCCGGGAUUCUCCCCCAUCCCAGCUCCGGCUGUGCUGGGAUCGACGUCAGACACGGGGGAAAAUCCCAGAAUUGUUCAGAGGACAGGGAGAGGUCCGUGUCCCACCAAAAUCCUCGGAGAGGGAGGAUUUUGAGUGGUUCCCAGACCUGGCUCCCACCCUCAGAACAAAGGGAGGAUGACCUUCACUCCUGGUGAAGAAUCUGACUUUUCAGAGACUUUGCUUUGUAUUUUUGUUGUUGUUGUUUUUUUUUUUAAACACAGAAAAGAAAAAAAAAAAUAAAAAAAGCUCUUAACACACAAGAAAACCUAAACCUGAUUUACGAUUUUUGUUACACUCGGUUGCUUUAAAGAAAAAAAAUAAACAAAAAAACAAACCCGUUUGACUAAUUUAAAUAUUGCUGUAGAUGACACUAUUUAUUUGAAAGGGGUAAAUAUCUCAUAGUCUUAAUUCUCUUCUCCAGUAAGCGCUGUGUAUUCCCAACGUUUGUGUUCCUGGCAGCGCAGCAAUUCCACUGACUGAGGGCUGGGCGAGCCAGCAGCUCCUGAAUCCAAUGGCCUUGGACAACAAGAUGUCUCCUGCAAUGUUUUGUUCUUGUUUGGGUUUGUAGUAAUUUCUCGGUUCUUUUAUGUCCGUGGUUUAACAAAUCUGUUCGAUGUUCGGGUUGUUCUGCGUUCUGGGUUCGUUUUGUUUCGUUUUGGUUUUGUUUUUUUUUUUUUUUUUAACAAAGAAAGCUGAAUUACAACA